AGUUUUUUGUAUAUUUUGGAAAAAACUUUUGCAGAAACUAUUACGCGUGGAAAACUUAUUUUCUUUUUGAUAAUUGAAUUAUUUUAUAAUAAAAAAAAAACAAAGAAUUAUUAGUAGAAAAACUUGAAAAUAAAAAGGAAACAAAUUCAUAAAAGUGAUGAAAAUUUUUGUGCUAAACGAGGCAACAGCUGUCAGUAAAACAGCAGCAGGAGCAGUAAAUAACAAAUCUAGGCGAUUUGUCAUAAACAGGAAAUUUAAUUUAUUUUAAAUUGUUUAAAUUUAUUUCAUAAUUAUUGAAAAAUCACUUGCAAGCAUUGAGAAAAAGCUAUCAAAAUGACAACCAAGGAAUCCUUUCGUGAAAGACAAACACAAGAAUUGGAGGUUAUAAAGUCAAUAUUUGGUAACGAUGUGGAAGAUUUGCGUUCCUACAAUAACAGUGCUACGCCCUCACAAUGGAAACCCACAGAUAUACGUAUUGAGUUGACACCAUUAAGGGACUCAUCGAAUGGUUUGACGGAAGCAUAUGUUAAAACAAAACUGCAUGUAGUUUGUCCCUCGAAAUAUCCAAAAAUGGCUCCUAAAAUUACUCUCGAAGAAACUAAAGGCAUUUCCGAUCAACUUAUCGAAGAAUUAGUACAACAACUACAACAGCAAUCCAACGAAUUGCGUGGGGAGGUAAUGAUCUAUGAAUUAGCCCAAACGGUGCAGGCUUUUCUACUAAAACACAAUAAACCACCCCGCGGUUCCUUUUACGAUGAGAUGCUGCAACAAAAACAACAACGGGAACAAGAACUAUUGGACUUGAAGAUGCAACGGGAACACAAAGAACGACAAAAUCUGCUCGAUGAAGUAGAACGUCGUAAGGAAAUGUUUAAAUCCGAAACAAAACGACGUGAACCCCGACGUAGUAUGAGCGAAUCAAAUCGUCAUGCCAGUUCAUCGGAAAGUUCAGAGAGUUCUUCACCCUUUUACCGUGGCCACAUUUAUCCCUCCAAAUGUGUGGAGCAUAAAAGUAGUGAAACGCUAUACUUCCAUAAAGUAGGGCGACAAAUAAGAAGGGGUUGUUGUAUGGGUCACUCACAAAAGGGGUGUAUAGCCUAUAAUGGCAUCGAUAUGGACACGGGUCAAUUGUUGUACAUUACCGAAUGGAAUAUAAAAUAUUCCCAAAUUGAGCAACAUUGUGGCAAUGGGUCCGGUAAAUGUUUUUGGUUGUCCUCGGAACCCAAAUGUAGCGGCAAUCAUCGUGUGGAUGAUGUUAUUAACUCCAUAGAGAAACAAGUGGCCACUUUAUCGCAAUUGAAUCAUAAGAAUCUCAUACAAUACGAAUGUGUUUUAUGUAUCAAACGUAAGGAAGGUCUUUUGGUGUAUUUGGUACAGGAUUUUGUAUUGGGCACUAGUGUUUUUAGUAUUUCAUCGUCAUUGGGUUGGUGUAUGGAUGGUGUUCGAGGUGUGGCUAAAGGCGUAAUAGAUGCUUUAGUGUUUCUACACAAUAAAGGGGUUUCGCAUAGCCACCUACUGGACUCUACGGUAUUUAUGGACAAUACUGGCACUAUAAGAGUCACUGAUUUUUCUAUAGUGACAAAUUUGCUUGAACUGAUUGGAGGCUCGGGUCAAAGGUCGUCUCAAGGAGAUUUGCCAGCACUAGGAGCUUUAGUGGAGAGUUUAAUGAAUACGCCAACGUUUGAAAUGAGAGAUUUUGUGGAUAAAUGCAACUCCGAUCGCACACUAUCAGCCUCGGAACUUUUGGAACAUCCCUUUCUGCGCAGCUCUUUAUUUACAGCAGAAGACAAAGAAAAUCAACAUUUAACAUUAGCAUUAUCCUGUCAUCCAAAUCAAUAUAAACCCUCUUUAGCCGCAGCUUCCCACAACCAAAAACAACGAGCAUUAGCCGUACCCUCUACGCCGCAAUCUAUAGCACCUUUUACCAUACCCUCACUGCCCUCAUCUCAAUCACGUUUGCGCACCGAAUUUGAGGUUCUCAUGUACUUAGGUAAGGGAGCCUUUGGAGAUGUACUUAAAGUACGUAACAUUCUAGACAACCGAGAAUAUGCCAUCAAACGUAUACCACUACCGGCCCGCAGUAGACAGCUGUACAAGAAAAUGACUCGAGAAGUGGAAUUACUUUCUCGAUUAAAUCAUGAAAAUGUGGUACGUUAUUUUAAUAGUUGGAUUGAAAGUUGCAGUGAUGCAGACAUUAAGGAAAUGGAUGACUUGAUGUCGGGCGAUUGGUCCGUAAGUCAUCAUGACAGUGUUAAAAGACCGAAAUCGCCAAAGGUGGCCUUAAAUGGGGCAGAGACUGAAACAGAUUCAUCCAGUCUAUGGAAUAGUUAUUUGCCCCAUUUGGACGAUUCCGAUUCAGAUGGCAUUGAGUUUGUUGAUUCCAAUGGAGAGGUGGCUGUAUACGAUGAAGAUGACGAUGAUGAUGACGAUGAUGAUGAUGACGAUAAUGAAUCGGAAUUAUCGUCGAAAGUUUGCUCACCCAAACCUUUAAUACAAAUUAUGUACAUACAAAUGGAAUUUUGUGAAAAAUGCACUCUACGCACCGCCAUUGAUGAUAAUCUUUUUGAAAAUUCUGAUCGCCUGUGGAGACUAUUUCGUGAAAUUGCUGAGGGUCUUUCGCAUAUACAUCAACAGGGCAUUAUACAUCGUGAUUUAAAGCCGGUCAAUAUAUUUUUAGAUUCUCAUGAUCAAAUAAAAAUUGGAGAUUUUGGUUUAGCCACCACCAGUUUUUUGGCCUUGCAAGCCAAUUCCGAACAACAAAAUAAUCAUAAUCACAAUUCUCACAUAACAUUAACGGAAGAUGGCACGGGUACGGGUAAAGUCGGCACAACUUUAUAUGUGGCACCCGAAUUGACGGGCAAUGCAUCGAAAUCAACCUACAAUCAAAAGGUUGAUAUGUAUACACUGGGCAUUAUAUUGUUUGAAAUGUGCCAUCCACCGUUUGGCACAGGCAUGGAAAGAGCUGAAACUAUUAUAAAUUUAAGAAGUACGAGUGUUAACUUUCCGGAAAACAUGUUAAAAAACAGUAAAUACGAGAAGACUGUCAAGCUUAUCCGCUGGCUUUUAAAUCAUGAUCCUGCUCAACGGCCUACAGCCGAAGAACUUUUAGCUUCGGAUCUCGUACCGCCCGCUCAACUGGAGGCUAGUGAAUUGCAAGAAAUGCUGAAAAAUGCUCUUGCCAAUCCUCAAAGUAAGGCCUACAAACAUAUUGUUGCACGGUGUUUGCAACAGGAAAGUGAUGAAAUACUAGAACAUACCUACCACAUGGGUGGUAGUCGUGCCAUGAAGUCCUGGAAUACGCCAAUUGUACUAGACAGUUUAGUGACACUCAGCCCCUUAAUAGAAUUUGUUAAGGGGAAAAUAGUAUCACUGUUUCGUAAACAUGGUGCCAUAGAAGUGGACACACCGUUAUUGUCUCCAUUAACUAGACAUACCAAUAAUUGGGUAAAUCAUGUAAGGCUAAUGACGCAUUCCGGUUGUGUAGUGGUGUUGCCCAGCGAUUUGAGAACAGAAUUUGCUCGCCACAUAGCCAUGAGUGGAGUGAAUAUGAUAAGACGUUAUUGUGUGGAUCGUGUUUAUCGAGAGGAAAAGGUUUUCAAUUUUCAUCCCAAACAAAAUUAUGAAUGUGCAUUCGAUGUCAUUUCACCCCAUUCGGCCAGUCAUUUAGUGGAUGCUGAGCUAUUGUCAUUGGCCUAUGAAAUUGCCUCUGAGAUACCAAAUCCCAGGGAAAAGAAUGUCAUGAUACGUAUGAAUCAUACAAAUCUUUUAAGAGCCAUACUAUUGUACUGUAAUGUUCCCAAAGAGAUGUAUGGUGAUUUGUUUGGUAAUAUAUUGGAUUACAUUGAGGGUAGAAUAUCAAAAUUUCAGUUUUAUUCAAGUGUUAAUGUUAUAAUGGACAAGACUAGAACUUCUGCCACUGCGGUAAUAGAUUUAUUAUUGGCAACUUUCCAAAUGAGUGGCAAAAAUAGUGCUGAUGAUUCUUCGUUGAAAUCAUUGGUACGUGGCAAAGGCGAAGCCGCUUCUUUGGCUAAGGGAGCUCUAAGAGAAAUGGAAUCAAUUGUUUUACUUGCUCAAAGUUUGGGUGUAAAAUGUCCCAUACACAUAUUUGCUGGUUUGCCUAUAAGUUUUGAACGUGCUACUUCUGGUGGCAUUGUCUGGCAAAUGAUUGCAGACAUUAAGCCUAAUCGUACUUCUAGACCUUCUGUGUUGGCGGUGGGAGAACGUUAUGACAGUAUGCUAAUGGAAUUUCAAAAACAAGCCCAAGGUUUUAAUCCCAAUUUACCAAAUCGUGGUAUAAGUGGUGCAGGCUUGUCAUUCUCUCUUGACAAAUUGGUAGCAGCCAUGUUUUCCGAAGACUCACAAAAAUACCACACCAUAGAUGUAGGGGUGUGUGUUAGUGGUUCACGGCCGCCCUUGAAAGAUAUCACUUACAUUAUGCGUUUGUUGUGGUCGGCUGGCAUACGUUGCAGUUUCCUAGAAUCUAUCACGAGCAGUAGUGAUGAGCCUCAGGAUCUGGCCAAACUGGGAGCAACUCAUGUCAUUUUGGUGGCAGAAAAUGGAGCAUUACGUAUACGUACUUGGGAGCGAGAUCGUUUCCAAGAGCGACAUGUUACUCGUACCGAGUUGGUAGAUUUCAUACAAAAAAUGCCUCGUUCUUCUGAAACGAAUUUAAAUACUUGCAAUGAGAUUUCCUCUCAACCGGCGAAUUCAAAUUAUUAUAGCAGCAGUUAUGGCAAUGGCGGCGGAGGUGGCAAUUUUGGCAGUGGUAGGGGUGAUUAUGGUCUGAGUACUUCUGCUUCGAGUACAAGCAUUAAGAAUACUUAUAAUUCGACUAGUUUGAGCAAUUUGCCAAAUGUUCAGGUUCAGUUUUUGAUACACGAUAAAAUGACGGCCAACUAUCGGAGGCGUUUGGAAAAUCAGGUCACACAGCAAAUGUCCUCAACUUUGUCGCAAUUUGUUCGUAAUGAAAGCAUUGUGGUCUUAGUAGUUGAAUUGGCGCACUCCACACUUAAUGCAAUAGUGGGAGCAAUAAAUCCUCGUGGUAUUGGACGCAAAGAGACUGACCAGGAAAUUAUUACGGUUAUUGACAGAUUUCCCAAACACCGCCGUUAUAUCACGGAAAUAUGUGAUGAAAUUUUUGAUUAUUUAACAGAUGCUAAAAUAACUAUAGUGGCCUUAUAUAGUAUAACCGAUUCAUAUUAUCGUGUAAUAAUCUGAAUAAAACCAGAGAGCGGCAGAGAAUGAGUGGAGCAUCAAUUAUAAAAUAUGAGAAGGAAAGCAACGAACAUACAUAUAAUGAACAUGAGAGAGAUUUAAGAGAUUUAUGAUUUAUUUUUAUUUUGAGUUUAUAAUUAGAAUGCUUUUCUAAAUGCUUCCUAUUUAAUUAUAUAAGUCUUAAAUAAUUGGUUAUUUUUAAUUAUAAAUAAUUACCCAUGAAUAUUUUUAGAACUUAUUCUAAAAUAGCUAGUUCUAGAACGAGAGUAAUCUGUAAUGACAGCCUCUGGAACCAGUUCUGUGGAACACUAUUUUAAUUCUAAUGAUUUUCUAUAGAGCAUUCUAGGGCUAGUUGUAGAACUAAUACAGUUUUUCGUGGGUAAUAACUUAUUAAUUAUAUACAUAUCGCUCAUUUGCUGCAACAACGUCAUAAUUCAAAAAAAUAGUUUCGAGAAAAACGGCUUUGAAUGUUUUAUGACAUUUUACUAUUUGUUAAAUAAAUUUUCAACAAAUCAUGCGAUUUCAGAAAUAAAAACUGAUUUUAUUUCUGAUAGAUAUUAAUAUCUUUCUAAUCUGUAUUUAACCCAAAUUUUUACUUGUCAAAUAUACGAGAAAACAUGAAUUUUAAAUUUGACGUUUACAGCAAAAAAAACAUUCUCAUACAAAAAAUAAUUGACUUUUUUUAUAACUGAUAAAACUAUAUGAAAGACUAAAGAACAGCGCAUAUUUUAUAUUACUCAGUAUUUUGAGUUAUGACGUUGUUGCAGCAAAUUAGCGAUAUAUUGAAAUUUUUAAUUGUAAAAAAAAAACAAAAUAUGACAAGUGAUUUUCAGCAACAAUCAGCCUUAUCAUGUAAGGCGUAG